AUGAGAAACCAAGAAAACUCCCUUGAGAGGGCAUUUACUAAGACCGUAACUUUUAACGACUAAAUCACUGAGCAUCUCAUUGAAGUUUAUCAUUAAGAUUACACAGCAUUCCAGACUUUCGAGGACUUUCUUUGCGAUGAAAUGAGCUUGGUUCUUGGAAGGAAGAGUAACUUUAUUAGCUUCUAAAAGAGAAGGCCCAUGACUCAGUAAGCAUUGUUCGCUUCAAAUAAGAUUUGUCACUCCUAGAGAGGAAAUGAAAGAGUGAGCUCCAGCUUCAAGGCGCCCUCAAAUUUAAGUCUUGGUUCUAUUGUGAACUAAAAUCAUAAGCCACAACUAACUCUCUCAAGACAGCUAACUUCAACAUCUACUGCAACUUGGGACAAGAAGCAGCAAUUGAAUUCAAGUCAAAUGAAUGCAGGGCUAAUGAAUAGGUAGAAUUGUGUUAAAGUAGAGUAAAAAACAAUCAAUACUGAGAGGGAAUAGUUGCCAUCCCAAAAAAUACUCACAAAGAGUUCUUACCUAACAGGAAAUUUAAAAAAGCCAGCCAAUAAUACUAAUAGAUAUCAGAUAGGCUCGAAUUAUGAGAAUUUGUUACCAGUUAGGAAGCAUAUUUAGGUAGCGAAGUAAAAAUAACCGAUUAGGACAUCAUUUAUUGAAACUUAAUAGACAGGCUAAAUGGCAUAUCCACAAAUCAAUUCAAAGCAAUAGUCAGCUUUUAUUAAAGUCCAAUAAAAUAUACAAAAUUACCCGAAAAGUUAGUCCUUCCUAAAGACUUCUUUCCUAAAUACGGAUCUUCUUGAGUUAAACAAGACAAAACCUUAGUCCAGAAAUACUAAUCUCAACAAUCUGAGAAGUUAGCAAAGUCCUAUAAGAAAAUAGACUUCAGUAUCAAGCAGAGUAAUUGGGGAUAUAAGAUAAAAGUAUCAGACUUCUCCAGCUAAAUCCAUGUUGAAAGAUACUCUAGAAUCAAUUCAAUCACCUGAAAGCCCAGUUUUACUUGAGAAAGCAUACUCUACAGUAGAGAAAACAAGUAUAAUUCAGCAAAGCAGAUUGCUAAAACGCCUCCAGGAAAGGAAAUCUUCUUUACAGUCAAUCAGAACUAAGAGUAGCAUGAAUCUAUCAAGCAGGAAUACCACUGCCACCUAUAAUCUUGAGUAAGGAUUGAGGGAAGUAAACAUGAGUAGAAAUACUCGUAUUUAAAUUGUAAAAACUGUCAGUGACAGCCAAGAAUAAAGUGUUUAUGUGGACACUAAUAUGGAAAUGUUUGAGACAAUAUGA